AUGCCGAUUACAUCUAAGCAGGCGAUCGCAGCGGGCAAGGCUAUGUACGAUGCCGACGACGACAACUAUUUCGACCCCAUGGACAUGCGCGGUAUCGGCUGGGACGAUAUUUGCGAGGAGCUCGAGGGCGCGGAGCUGCGCGACAUGGAGAACGCGAUUCGCCAGUACGAAGAUAUGGCCUAUCGUACGAACGGCGACGCGACCGAGGCCGCGCACUUUUUCAACGGAUAUCUCAAACUCGCUGAAGACAAGCGCAAGAAGCAGUGCCGGUGCGACCUCACUCAGCGACUAGGGCGUGCCCUCGAUGAGGAGGAUGCAGUCAUGCUGCUGCGCUCGUCCUCCUACUUUGAGCGCUCGCCAGCGUUGCUGGCUGCGACUGAGGCGCGGCGCGAUGCGCUCGAGGCAUCGGUGGCGGACCUGCUCGGCACCGCGUGGCGAGGCAUCGAGAGCCUCCUCCACGACUCGCUCUCCACCCUCGCAGAGCGAGUAGAGCACGCCGCGCGCGAGGAGCUCUCCGAGCGGGGAGCACGUCUCGAGGCGGGCAUCGAAGCGACGCGACGGACGGCCGAGCUACGCGAGCGGCAGGAAUGCGUGGUGACAGAGAUGUGA